UUUAUAUAAAUCAUAAUAUUUUCAUUUUCCCCGCCCUCUCUCUCCUCUAUCCUCAGCCCCACUGCCUACAGCAGACGGAGAGAGAUUUCUAGGGUUUUCUCAGAGAGAGAGAGAGAGAGAGAGAGAGAGUUCUAGGGUUCUGCCCAGAGAGGGAAUGAGGGUUUAAGAGAGGGAGGGAGAUUACGGUUUUAAGGGUGUUUAGAUAGAUUUUUGGUUUUACAUGGGUUGAGAGAGAGAGAGAGAGAGAGAGAGAGAGAGAGAGGUGCUUGUGGGAGUUAUUUGGGGCUUUUUGAGGGUCUCAGACAGAUGAGCAGUUCUACAUGCUCUGCGUUGUAGAGAUUAGGGUUUGGCAAGAUCUGCAUUGAUGGGAUUUUAGGGAGAGAGGAGUGAUUUCACGUGCGAGCUGAAGGAUUUUUACGAUGCUUGAAUCUUCUUAAAAGAAAAUCUCUCGUUUUCUUUUUCUUGUGGUAGUGAGCUUGAAAGUCCAGAAUCUGUAAGAAUAGUCCGUUUUCCUGUUAAAAAUUCGGAAAUUUCAUCCGUUUUCAAAAGCCGUUGAAACAAACGGCGAAACAGGAAGUUUCAGCUUUUUUCCUCGAGCUCUUAUCCGUAGAAAAUUCCAUUUCAUUGCUCUUUAAAGUUCAAAUCUAUUGAAGAAAUGCUUCUUUGCUGCCUGUAAAUUGGUUAGUUCAGCUGUUUAAAGCUCAAGUCUGCAAAAAAUAAGCAACUUUUUAUCUUUAACUCAGAAUCUUCAGAGGUUUAAAGCUGAAAUCUGUGAAGAAGUAGCUGUUUUCCCGUGUUAAUCAGAAAUUUCAGCUGCUUAAAGGCCAAAUCCGUAAAAAAAGUGCCGCUUGGGGGGGUAAAUCUGAGGUUUCAGCUACUACAAGCUUCAGUAUCUGUAAAAAAUUCCAUCUUUCAAUGGUUUACAGCUCGAUUCUGCUUAGGAAAGAGACAGUUGGCGGUAAAUCCUUUGCAAUGCCGGGUUCUCAAGGGUUAGCUCUCUGAAAAUGACACGAGGACUGUCGGUUUUCACUGGAGUUACAGUCAUUUAAGGCGUCGGAUUGCCCCUCUCUAUCUCUGGAAAAGCAGCAGCUACAUAAAGCUCCAUAUCCUAGAAAACAACGGUGAAACUGCCAUUGCGGAGUGGAAGCAGUUGCUCGAAGCUUUUGUCUCUCAACGCAUUGGCAUUUUGGAUUAUUUUGCAUGAUCAGAUUACUCUGAUGAAUUCAUUUCCAAGGCGACAGAUGAAGGUCUUUUGGGUGUUGAUGUUAUCCCUCUUUCUUGCUUCCGUUAGGGCUCAGCUUCCUUCACAGGACAUUUUGGCUCUUCUUGAGUUCAAAAAAGGAAUCAAAGUCGACCCAACUGGCUAUAUCCUCAAUUCAUGGAAUGAGGAGUCCAUCGAUUUCAACGGCUGCCCUGCUUCCUGGAAUGGCAUUGUCUGUAAUGGUGGUAAUGUUGCUGGAGUUGUCCUCAACAACCUGAAUCUUGUUGCUGAUGCUGAUUUGAGCAUCUUUGCAAACCUCACAAAGCUUUUGACACUCUCCAUGUCAAACAACUCUAUCACAGGAAAGAUCCCAGACAACAUAGCAGAUUUCAAGAGCCUUAAAUAUCUUGACAUAUCUGAUAAUUUGUUCUCUUCUACUCUACCACCAGAUAUUGGCAAGUUAGGAAACUUACAGAACCUGUCAUUAGCUGGGAACAAAUUCUCUGGCUUGAUACCUGAUUCGAUUGGUGGGCUUGUCUCUAUUCAGUCUAUGGAUUUAAGCCGUAAUUCAUUCUCAGGUUCAUUGCCUUCAUCAUUGACAAAUCUGCAAGGCUUGGUGUCACUGAAUCUUUCGUAUAAUGGUUUUACAAAGAGAAUUCCUACUGGGUUUGAGCUAAUGCUGAAUCUUGAAGUGCUUGAUUUGCGUCAGAAUCAACUUGAUGGUGAUAUUGAUGAGAAAUUUCUGCUUCUUCCAAGUGUUGUUCAUAUUGAUUUUAGCAGCAAUUUGCUAUCAAGUUCAAGUUCACAGAGGAGAAAGUUCCUGUCUGAUAUUUCAGACACCGUCAGGUACCUGAAUCUUAGCCACAAUCAGUUUACUGGGUCACUGAUUGGUGGAGGGCUUCUGUCAUUUGAGAAUUUGAAGGCGUUGGAUCUCAGCUACAAUCAGCUAUCUGGGGAGUUGCCUGGAUUUGAUUAUUUCUAUGAUCUUGAGGUUCUAAGGCUGGGGAACAACAUGUUUUCUGGGUUCCUUCCAAAUGGGCUUCUGAAAGGGGAUUCUUUGGUUCUCACCGAGCUGGAUUUGAGUGCCAACAAUCUCUCAGGACCAGUUAGUAUGAUCAUGUCAACAACUUUACACAUACUUAACCUCUCAUCAAAUGCAAUAUCUGGUGAACUUCCAUUGCUAACAGGAAGCUGCAUAGUUCUUGAUUUAUCAAAGAAUCAGUUAACUGGGAACUUAUCUGCAAUUGCAAAAUGGGGAAAUUCCAUUGAAUACCUUGAUCUGAGUCACAACCAGUUGGCGGGACCUCUACCCGAGGCAACUUCCCAGUUUUUACGGCUGAAUUACCUCAAUCUCUCGCACAAUUCCCUGACGGAUUCUCUCCCAACUGUUCUUAUUCGGUAUCCCAAGCUUACAGUCCUGGAUCUCAGUUUCAAUCAGUUCAAUGGUCCUCUUUUAACUGGCUUGCUAAUUUCCCCCACACUACAAGAAAUCCAUCUCCAAAACAAUUCGCUGGUUGGAAGUAUUAAAAUUUCCCCACCUUUACCAAACAAAGCCAACCUUCGGGUUCUUGAUCUUUCUGGUAACCAGUUUAAUGGCACUUUCCCUGAUGGAUUCAGCUCUUUGGCUGGCCUGCAAAAACUCGACAUCUCCAGAAAUAACUAUGCCGGUUCCCUGCCAUUUGCUAUUUCAGAGCUCAGUUCCCUCAUUUCUCUUGACAUAUCUCUAAACCACUUCACAGGGCCUUUGCCAGAUAACUUGUCUAACACCCUUCAGGCCUUCAAUGCAUCGUACAAUGAUCUCUCAGGGGUUGUUCCAUUGAACCUGAGGAAAUUCCCAGAUUCUUCUUUCCACCCUGGCAAUUCCCAAUUACAGUUUCCCAAUGGGCCACCUGGAUCUGAAAAUGCCCCUUCUGGAAGAGCCACCAGAAAACCGAUAAAAACCGCCAUCAAAUUGGCAGUGAUUAUACCAUGCAUUGUUGCUAUAGCCAUUCUUAUCCUGCUAGCUAUUUUCAUACUCUUCAAGGUUUCAAAGAGGAGACUUCAGUCAGAGAAUGUUAAAAGCACAGAUACACGUAGACGGAGCUCAGAUUCAGCUGGCUUAAAAAGCAGAGAUGCCGGUGGUGCUUUGGUUGUAUCUGCUGAUGAUCUUAUGGCGUCCCGCAAGGGCUCUUCUUCUGAGAUUAUCAGUCCAGAUGAGAAAAUGGCUGCAGUUACUGGUUUCUCUCCAUCAAAGACCACCCAGUUCUCAUGGUCGCCUGAUUCGGGUGAGUUGACACCAGAAAAUCUGGGGAGGCUAGAUGUCCGGUCACCCGAUCGGUUGGCUGGGGAGCUGCAUUUCUUGGAUGAUACAAUUGUGCUGACACCAGAGGAAUUGUCGAGGGCGCCAGCCGAAGUGUUGGGGAGGAGUAGCCAUGGGACUUCUUACAGGGCGACACUUGAUAAUGGGGUGUUCUUGACUGUGAAAUGGUUGAGAGAAGGAGUUGCAAAGCAGAGGAAGGAGUUUGCCAAGGAAGCAAAGAAAUUUGCGAACAUUAGGCACCCUAAUGUGGUGGGAUUGCGAGGAUACUACUGGGGGCCCACCCAGCACGAGAAGCUCAUCCUGUCAGAUUAUAUCUCACCUGGAAGUCUUGCAAGCUUCCUUUAUGAUCGACCUGGAAGGAAGGGCCCACCACUAACCUGGGCCCAGCGGCUCAAGAUAGCUGUUGAUAUUGCACGUGGCCUGAAUUAUCUCCAUUUUGAUCGUGCUGUCCCGCACGGCAACCUCAAAGCAACAAACAUACUUUUAGAUGGUCCUGACCUCAAUGCCCGUGUCGCCGACUACUGCCUCCAUCGCCUCAUGACCCAGGCAGGCACCAUUGAACAGAUCCUGGAUGCUGGUGUCCUUGGCUACCGAGCACCUGAGCUAGCUGCAUCCAAGAAGCCGUCGCCUUCAUUCAAGUCGGAUGUCUAUGCAUUUGGGGUGAUUUUGUUGGAGCUCCUGACGGGUAGGUGUGCAGGGGAUGUGGUGUCGGGGGCAGAGGGUGGAAUUGAUCUAACAGAUUGGGUGCGGCUAAGGGUGGCAGAAGGGCGUGGGUCAGAUUGCUUCGACGCUGUGCUGACACUGGAGAUGGCGAACCCGGCGGUCACGAAAGGGUUGAAGGAGGUGUUGGGGAUUGCUUUGAGGUGUAUACGUCCUGUUUCUGAGAGGCCUGGGAUUAAGUCUGUGUAUGAGGAUCUUUCUUCUGUCUGAGGCCUCUCGUUGUUGUAAUUGUUGUUUUAUUGCUGUUUCUCAGUUUUGAGACUUUGUUUGGAAAGCAUUUUCAAUGGUUCUUUGCUGGGACGAGUAAGGGAUCUUGGCCACUGAUGGAUGGAGGGCUGCUUUGAACGUGUACCAUUCCUCAAGCCCAAGAAGUAUCACUAUAUCAGGUGAGCCACACAUGUAUCUUGAUUGUCGAUUACAUAUGGUUGGUCAUCUUGCUAUCUGGCAAUCCAUGUUUCUCA